UUUGUCUCCCGCGUCAUCGAGCUGAAAUCCACAGGUUCAUCAUUCCCGAACUCUCUACCAGCAACUAUACAAAACCUCCUCCGGUCACCAGCAGCUAUGUCGGAACCCGACGUCGACUCCACAUCAAUCUUUUCCCAGAAAACCCAUCUUCCAGAUGACACCGUUUUCUACUCAAUCUACCCCGACUUCUCCUUAAACCCCACCACUUCCACCGCCACUAUUACUGCCGAGCUCCACAAUCUCCACCUCCAAAUCCUCCAAACUCUAGCUCCAUUCACCACUACCUACAUAUUCCAACACCAACCCUUCACUCUAACCCCUGUCCUCUCCCCCCUCCCCCACCUCCACGGCCGCCUCCGCUUUGGAGACAACCUUGAAGACGAAUGGUUCGUUUCUUUUCUCCUCUUCACGGUCUCCCAAAGCUUCCCCAAUCUCUCCAUUUCCCUCCACGACUCAGACGGCCAAUUUCUGUUAAUCGAAACUGCUUUCCACCUUCCCCGUUGGCUCAAUCCAAAUACUUCCACCAACCGGGUUUUCAUCCGCCGCGGCCGGCUUUAUAUUCUCCCGCCGUCGCACUUUCCCAACAUUCCUGAUUUGAUCACAGCUCUGAAAUUCUUAUCGGAAAAUGAUAACAACCCGGAUAUUCUUCGGGCUACCCCGGAUGCUGUUCAGCUCAAUUUGGAGAAGAAGAUUAAAGAAUAUCCGGAAAAAGCUAGGAAAAAUGUGCAUGGGGUUAGAAUUAGGGUGCCUGUAUCGGUGGCCUGGGUUCUAAAGCACGAGCCCUGUCUGAUUUCACUUGCGGUUGGAGGUUUUUAUGAUAGGGAUGUGGACAGUAUGAAAUUCGCGGAGAAAAUGGAGAGGUUCUUGCCUAAUGGGAAAGAGGAGAGUGUAGUCCAGAUGUUUGUGAAAAUGUCUAAGACAAUGUAUGCUCAACUGAUGCAGCAAACGUUUAGGCCGCCUAAGUGUUAUCCAAGGAUGCCAUUGAGUAGUGAUGCCGAGGCAUAUAAGGAGGCUGAGCUGGGAAUGAAGAUUGCCUGUGGGUUUGAGAUGGUGUACCAGUUGAGAAAAAGGCAAGGGGGAGAAGGGAAAGGGAGUACUUGGGAGGUUUUUAGAGGAAAUCUGGAGAGGAGUGGGUAUUUUCAAGGGUUGUUGCCAGGCUCCGUAGAAUAUAAGAGAUUAGUUCAGAAAGCUGACGAGUAUUAUAGGAAUAGUGCAUUGCAUUCUAGAGCAAGUGAUAUACUGAAUGCUCCAGUCAGACGAAUAGAUGAAAUUCUAGCUUUACCGCACUCUGCUGAUGAUUUUAAGGUGCAGGAGCUACCUCCAUCGGAUGAUGAUUCAUGGCUUUAUUAUGGGGAGGAUGAGCUAAAUGCUGCUCUGCAGGAGCGGCAAAAGGAGAUGGAACUUUUUGAUUCAAAAAGAAAAAGGAAACAGAAGGUGAAAGAGGAGGAGGAUGCAGGUCCAUCAGCUUAUGAUCUAGGAGAAAUAGCAAAUUCUAUGCAAGCUUUUGUUAAGAAGAUGUCGAGUUAUGAAGGUGCAGAGGUUCCAGAAAGCAGAGACACGAAAGAUGUUGACUUCGACGCGGAUCGCUUCAUGAAGGACAUGGAAUCAGUAUUGAGAGGUCAGUGUUUUGAAGAUACUGGCAACGAUGUUGAUCAUGGAGAAAGUUCAUCAUCCGACACGGACUUUGAUGAUUUUGAGGAUGACAGCGAUAUUGCUGAGCCUUCUGAGCAUGAAGAAGAGGGAGGUGAUGCUUUCAUGGAGUCAUAUACAGAUGCACUUAACAAAGAAUUGAAGCCCACCACACUUGACAGGAGUUUCAUCCGUGCUAAUGAAGAAACCUUGAAGAAAGACGAGGGAAUAUCUAAUGCCACCGAAGACAUGGAGGAAGAAUUCAAUCCAGUGGAUGUGGAUGUCAACCUCGUUAAAAGUUUGCUUGAUUCAUUUUCAUCUCAGCAAGGACUUCCUGGUCCGGCUUCCAAUUUACUAGGACUUAUGGGUCUGCAGCUUCCUGAAGAUGGCAAGAAAGGCAAAUAGAUAGGGUGUUCACCCUUACUUUUAUCGUACCCUAGUAACUGGCCUUCAUACUGGAAAAUUUUGAAAAUUGUUGAUCGAGAGAGACUCAGUAGUCGUCCUUACAUAUAUAACAUGCCAUAACUAAUCACUUGUGUUGUUCA